AAAGCUGCAGCCGGCUCUGGUGAAAUGGAGGUGCAGAGAGCCGGCUCUGAAAGUUGCAGCUGGCUUUACAGGCAAAAAUUUGAAGACCGUUGCUUGGCGCGCGCGGAGAAAAGACGCAAAGCCGGCUCCAACUUUAUAGCCGGCUGUAAAGCCGGCUCUCGAGAAAAACAGGAUGUGCAGGAAUCCUGCAAAACCGGCUCUGGAAGUUUAAGCCGGCUCUACAGAGCCGGCUCUACAGAGCCGGCUCUACAGAGCCGGCUCUACAGAGCCGGCUCUAGGAAGUUAAGCCGACUCUUCUAACAAUCCUGCAACUCGAGCUUCACGUCCUGCAGGGCAUUUAAUGACCCCCAACGGCUAGAAACGACUAUUUUCGAGCAAGGGACUAUAAAUAUGGUUGGUAACAGAUGUGAAGAAGUUUAGAGAGCAUUGUAUUGAAUAUCUUUACCUAUGUACAUGAGCUUUAACUUGAGUUUUUGAUCUUUGAGAAAUCUUUGUUUGUAAUCCUCUUCUUGUGUUAUUAGUGAGUGAUCUUGGGGAUGUGUUGAUUCCUUCAAGAGUGAUCUGUAGAAAGGAUCUUUGGGAUUAAAGUGUAAAGGGGUGAGAUUUGAGAGAAACCCUUCUUCUUGUAAAUGAUUGAGUGGCUCCUUUAAGCCACCAUUGUUUUUGUUAGUGGAGAGUGUGGAGGAAAUUGUUGGUGAGUGAAGCCAAGGUAGAGGACUAAACUUCAAGUGGUUGGACCGAACCUCUAUAAAAUCAUUGUGCAAGU